AUGAAUAAAGAUUUAGUGCAGAAAAGUAAAAGUGACUGUACUUCCAAUCAGGAGGAAGAAGCGUGCAGUUCCAGCGCGACACAUUCAAGUGCAGUGGAAAAUAAUACAAAAAAUAACAAAUCUAAAAGAAGCCUCAGCCCCGACAACCAGCCCCCCAGAAAGAGGAGAAAGGUUUCUGAGGUGGCUGGAUCCUCUACAAGCUACGACCAUGAAGAAAAGACGGUGAGAGUAGCAAAGAGGAAAGCCGGUGAGGACGGAGAGAGACCAAAAAAACGAGCCAAGCGUGGGAAUCUACUGAAACUCGUGUUGGACCAAGAGGUUGCUUCCUCCUCUACGGACACUGGUAGUAAUUUAGAAACUCACGCUAUUCCUGAGGUGGCUGGAUCCUCUACAAGCUACGACCAUGAAGAAAAGACGGUGAGAGUAGCAAAGAGGAAAGCCGGUGAGGACGGAGAGAGACCAAAAAAACGAGCCAAGCGUGGGGAUCUACUGAAACUCGUGUUGGACCAAGAGGUUGCUUCCUCCUCUACGGACACUGGUAGUAAUUUAGAAACUCACGCUAUUCCUGAGGUGGCUGGAUCCUCUACAAGCUACAACCAUGAAGAAAAGACGGUGAGAGUAGCAAAGAGGAAAGCCGGUGAGGACGGAGAGAGACCAAAAAAACGAGCCAAGCAUGGGGAUCUACUGAAACUCGUGUUGGACCAAGAGGUUGCUUCCUCCUCUACGGACACUGGUAGUAAUUUAGAAACUAAAGCUAUUCCUGAGGGGGAUAGAAGGAAGAAAAAGGCCAAGAGGAAGGCUGAUGAUGAGGAUGCUGAAGAAACAUCAGGUGGGAAGAAGAAGAAGAAGACAAAGACCCAACAGGACACAACAAGGUCACCAAGAGAUGAGUUUCAGGAGAAAUAUGAGCAGCAGGGUCUGCUCGGGGAAGGAGGCUUUGGGUCUGUGUUUGCUGGGUACCGGAAGUCUGAUCAUCUACAGGUGGCUAUUAAACACGUCCAAAAUGACAAGGUGGUCUGCAAACAUAAAGGCCGGGAUGGGAGGGAGGUUUCUGUGGAGGUGGCUGCAAUGCUGAAGCUCCAGAAAGCAAAUUCAGGUUCAGCAGGACAGUCAGCAGCUGUGUCCCUGCUGGACUGGUAUGAUCUGGAUCAGGAGUUGAUUCUGGUCAUGGAGAGACCAAUGCCUUCAGAAGACCUCAGCACCUACAUUUGGAAAAACGGAGGUCCGCUGGAGGAGGACGAGGCCAGAAUCAUCCUGAAACAGCUGCUGGAUGCAGCAGUACAUCUUCAGGCCAAUAAAAUCUUCCACAGAGAUAUCAAACUACAAAACAUCCUGAUAGAAACAGGUUCAUCUAUCCCACGAGUUCGCCUCAUAGACUUUGGGCUGAGUUGCUUCUUCACGCGAAGAUCUCGCUAUAGGAUCUUCUGCGGCACCAGUGCUCAUACCCCUCCUGAGUGGUUUCGUAAUAAUACGUACACUGCUGGACCUACAACAACAUGGCAGAUGGGAGUGGUCCUGUAUGACACUCUCCACGACACAGACUUCUCAUCCGAAGAUUACCUCAGAGACUUGAUCGAAAUCAGGGAUGAUCUCUCUGAAGACUGUCAAGAUUUCCUGCAAAAGUGUUUAACUUUAAAUCCCAAAAAGCGUCCCAGCCUGGAGGAGCUUCAGCGUCACCCGUGGUUUACGUUGACUCCGGUUUCCUCCCACAGUUCACAAACCUGCUUACAAUCUUAA